AUGGGGUCGGCCAAGACAGCUUGGGGUACCUUUUCGAAGUCGACGGCUACGUUUUGGAGGUUAGAGUUCGUCAAAGGCUUUGCUGGCAGGUGCGACGGGAGCCUGUACGAACCCUCUGGAGCGGUGCGGAUAGAGCGCCGUUACCCUUACUAUCCCAAAAAACUCUCGUACAGCUACAGCGGACACUUGGACUCAACCGGCAUGCACGGGCUCUGGCGGCGGUCCGACAGCAAGACCGGAAGCUGGACCUUAGCUCCGGUUUUCUUUAUCCCCCUGGACUCCUUUGACGACAACUGGACGUUCACAGAACGGGAAACCCACUUCAACGAGUCGCACAGGAGAUGGAUCCUCCCCGCGGUUCCUAAGGUGCUUGAUCCGGAGAGUGCCCAUCUUGCAAAGCGCAUAGAUCCGAAGCUCGUGAAGGGCUCGUGGCUGGGUUACCUACUCCCAAAAACGACGUGCGAGAAGGACUUGAAGAUGGACCUAGUUUGUGACCUCAACAGGAGCUGGGACGAGCUGGACGACUCGGAUUCGGAAGACGAUAUUUCGGACGAGGACGACGAGGAAGACGGAGACGAGGACAAUGGGGACAAGGAAGAGAAAGGCGAGGAAGAGGGAGACGAGGAAGAGGGAGACGAGAAACGCAAGGAAGAGAGACGCGACGAAGAGAGAAACGAGGAAGAGAGAGGCGAGGUUGAGGAAGAUCCUGAUGACGCAGACCCGGUGCCUAGAGUAGAACCGGAGGUCGCAUCCCAACCGGCGGAUGAACCGGUUGCGGAGGACGCGGACUUGAAACAGGAGACUGAGGAAGAGAAACUGAGAAAAAGAUAUGAGAUUGAGGAAAAGAACUCGAGAGAAAAGAUAAGGGAGGAGGACGACGACGUCAAACGUAAGGUUCCGUCCGUGCCCGUGCCCUCUUUCCCUGCGGGGGACCUGAAGCCGAAGCGGGCAGAGUUGUUCAUCGAGGAGUGCGCCCUGACGGGCGGGUGCAUUGGCAGGCAGCGCUUCACGCUGACGGGGACGCUGACGCUUUGCAAGGACAAAGUGCUGUAUACCUUGGAGGGGUCCCUUCAACAGGUCCCUGCCAAACCCAAGGAGCACGUGUUGUGUCCACACGACUACCCAUACCUGGAAAAGGUGGACCUACGCCUUACUCCCGCCAGAACUUGGCGUUCCCCUGGCAGCCGGGAGGGGAAAGGACUGCGCUACCGGGGCCACCUGGAUCACCUCGGAAUGCACGGGUUUGUGAUCGCAGACGACGGCGGUCCUUCGAGCAGCUCACUGGAAAAGCACCACUGGACGUUCGGGUUCAUGCCAGUCACGGAGCAGGAAGCCAAGAAGCCAGCGCGAUGGUCGUACUUCAGCCGCAAGAAGACCGCGGUUGUGUAG